GUCCCGACCACACUCACGUGCUCACAAGAGUCCCGACCACACUCACGGUGCUCACAAGAGUCCCGACCACACUCACGGUGCUCACAAGAGUCCCGACCACACUCACGGUGCUCACAAGAGUCCCGACCACACUCACGGUGCUCACAAGAGCCCCGACCACACUCACGGUGCUCACAAGAGCCCCGACCACACUCACGGUGCUCACAAGAGCCCCGACCACACUCACGGUGCUCACAAGAGCCCCGACCACACUCACGUUGCUCACAAGAGCCCCGACCACACUCACGGUGCUCACACGAGCCCCGACCACACUCACGGUGCUCAAACGAGCCCCGACCACACUCACGGUGCUCACACGAGCCCCGACCACACUCACUGUGCUCACACGAGCCCCGACCACACUCACGGUGCUCACAAGAGCCCCGACCACACUCACGGUGCUCACAAGAGCCCCGACCACAUCACGGUGCUCACAAGAGCCCCGACCACACUCACGGUGCUCACAAGAGCCCCGACCACACUCACGGUGCUCACAAGAGCCCCGACCACACUCACGGUGCUCACACGAGCCCCGACCAUACUCACGGUGCUCACACGAGCCCCGACCAUACUCACGGUGCUCACAAGAGCCCCGACCACACUCACGGUGCUCACACGAGCCCCGACCAUACUCACGGUGCUCACAAGAGCCCCGACCAUACUCACGGUGCUCACAAGAGCCCCGACCACACUCACGGUGCUCACACGAGCCCCGACCAAUACUCACGAGCCCGACCACACUCACGGUGCUCAAAGAGCCCCGACCACACUCACGGUGCUCACAAGAGCCCCGACCACACUCACGGUGCUCACAAGAGCCCCGACCAUACUCACGGUGCUCACAAGAGCCCCGACCACACUCACGGUGCUCACAAGAGCCCCGACCACACUCACGGUGUCACAAGAGCCCGACCACACUCAUGGUGCUCACAAGAGCCCCGACCACACUCACGGUGCUCACAAGAGCCCCGACCACACUCACGGUGCUCACAAGAGCCCCGACCACACUCACGGUGCUCACAAGAGCCCCGACCACACUCACGGUGCUCACACGAGCCCCGACCAUACUCACGGUGCUCACAAGAGCCCCGACCACACUCACGGUGCUCACAAGUCCCGAAAACACUCACGGUGCUCACAGAGCCCCGACCACACUCACGGUGCUCACACGAGCCCGACCAUACUCACGGUGCUCACACGAGCCCGACCAUAUCACGGUGCUCACACGAGCCCCGACCACACUCACGGGGCUCACACGAGCCCCGACCAUACUCACGGUGCUCACAAGAGCCCCGACCACCACUCACGGUGCUCACAAGAGUCCCGAAACACUCAUGGUGCUCACAAGAGCCCCGACCAUACUCACGGUGCUCACAAGAGACCCGACCACACUCACGGUGCUCACACGAGCCCCGACCAUACUCACGGUGCUCACAAGAGCCCCGACCACACUCACGGUGCUCACAAGAGCCCCGACCACACUCACGGUGCUCACAAGAGCCCCGACCACACUCACGGUGCUCACAAGAGCCCCGACCAUACUCACGGUGCUCACAAGAGCCCGACCACACUCACGGUGCUCACAAGAGCCCCGACCACACUCACGGUGCUCACAAGAGCCCCGACCACACUCAUGGUGCUCACAAGAGCCCCGACCACACUCACGGUGUCACAAGAGCCCCGACCACACUCAUGGUGCUCACAAGAGCCCCGACCACACUCACGGUGCUCACAAGAGCCCGACACACUCAACGGUGCUCACACGAGCCCCCCGACCAUACUCACGGUGCUCACAAGAGCCCCGACCACACUCACGGUGCUCACAAGUCCCGAAAACACUCACGGUGCUCACACGAGCCCCGACCACACUCACGGUGCUCACACGAGCCCCGACCAUACUCACGGUGCUCACAAGAGCCCCGACCAUACUCACGAUGCUCACACGAGCCCCGACCAUACUCACGGUGCUCACACGAGCCCCGACCAUACUCACGGUGCUCACAAGAGCCCCGACCACACUCACGGUGAUCACAAGAGCCCCGACCACACUCACGUGCUCACAAGAGCCCGACCAUACUCACGGUGCUCACAGGAGCCCGACCACACUCACGGUGCUCACAAGAGCCCCGACCACACGCACGGGCUCACAAAGAGCCCCGACCACACUCACGGUGCUCACAAGAGCCCGACCACACGCACGGUGCUCACAAGAGCCCCGACCACACUCACGGUGCUCACAAGAGCCCCGACCACACUCACGGUGCUCACACGAGCCCCGACCACACUCACGGUGCUCACACGAGCCCCGACCACACUCACGGUGCUCACAAGAGCCCCGACCACACUCACGGUGCUCACAAGAGCCCCGACCACACUCACGGUGCUCACACCGUGA